UGUUGGAGCAGCGGGGCCGUCGAAGCCAGUUUUCCUGAGCUCCAUUGCAGGUUUUUGGAGGCUGCGCCGGCGGCUCGCGGAUUCACGAGCAUCGACUCGACCUUGCGCUUCCUCGUUUUACGCGCAUCCGCAUCACUUGCAGAUCCACCAAUCGGUCAUCGCCGCACUCUGUUUGGUGCGCUCGUGCAUAAAUGUGAUGCCGUCACGUAACUGCUUCUGUCAAUUUACCGAGCGGUUAACCGGGAGAUUCCGGGCGAUCCUGGCCGGAGAGCGGGUCCUGCAGGGCGUUUUUACGCUUUGACCUUUGACUGGCAGCGGAUGACAAAUCAAAGGUCGGCCGCUUGUAAACGGAGGUCCGUUCUCAAAGCGCAUCUCCACCACGACACCAUACGGAAACAUCCGAUGAAUGAAAGCAGUCUGCGAGCUGGUCGAUAGCGGCGGAGAUUGCUUCGGCAGAGUCGGCGGCGGCGGCGGCGGCGCAGUCGCGAGCACCACAGCGUCAACCCUCGGACCGAAGGCGGGUUCCCUGAGAGAGGAGGACUGCAGCACCAUGGACAGCUCAGAUAUGGAUGCUAACUAUAGCGGUGGACUGUUGGACAUGGUGAAGGGAGGAGCUGGGAAGUUCUUCAGCAACUUCAAAGACAACUUGAAGGACACGCUGAAAGACACCUCCACCAAGGUCAUGCAUCAGGUUGCCACGUACACUAAAGGGGAGCUGGAUAUUGCCUACAUCACAUCCCGGAUCAUAGUAAUGACCUACCCGGCGGAGUCGGUGCAGAUCGGCUACCAGAACCACGUGGAGGACAUUCGCUCCUUCCUCGACAGUCGCCAUGCCGACCACUACACUGUCUUCAAUCUAUCACAGCGGAACUACCGAGGCGCCAAAUUUUCCAACAGGGUGUCAGAGUGCAAUUGGCCCUCUCUCCAGGCGCCCAGCCUCCACAACCUGUUUGCUGUGUGUAAGAACAUGCACAACUGGCUCAAACAGAAUCCUAAAAAUGUGUGUGUCAUCACCUGCUCGGAUGGACGUGGUCCCUCGGGUGUUUUGGUCUGUGCCAUGUUCUGCUUCUGCCACCUCUUCAACAACCCAGUUCCUGCUAUGCAGUUGCUCAGCGCCAAGAGACCCGGUUCCGGCCUCUGGCCAUCACACCGCAGGUACAUAGGCUAUGUGUGUAGCAUGGUAUCGGAGAAGCCCAGCCUACCACACUCCAAGCCUUUGAUGAUCAAGAGUCUCACCAUCACUCCGGUCCCCUGUUUCAACAAGCAGCGCAGCGGCUGUCGGCCCUUCUGCGACGUCCUCAUUGGGGAGACAAAGAUCUUCAGCACUGCACAGGAGUACGAGAGGAUGAGAGAGCACAGGGUUCAAGAGGGUAAGGUGGUUUUCCCUCUGGGUGUGAGUGUGCAAGGAGACGUCAUUGUGUCGGUCUACCACAUGAGGUCCACCAUCGGGGGACGACUGCAGGCCAAGGUGUCCAACACACAGAUAUUCCAGAUCCAGUUCCACACUGGCUUCACUGCUCCUGGUACCGCCACCUUGAAGUUUAACAAACCAGAGCUGGAUGCUUGCGACUCUGCUGAGAAGUACCCACAGCUUUUCCACGUGAUAGUGGACGUGGAGGUGGAGGGGAUGGAUAAGCAAAAAGACCUGACGCCACCGUGGGAGCAGUUCCCCUGUAAAGAUCUGAACCCCAGCGUGCUCUUCUCCUGCCAUCAGGAGCAUCAGGAUGCACUCGCUAUUGCUGAGCCAAGUCGGCCCCCCGGAGGUCCGGACAGCCGGAGCCGAGGCGAGGAGAGCGAGCCCUCGGAUGAUGAGAUGCUCUCUCUCUCCAGCCAGCGGAGCAACGCAAGCACGGCCCCCCAGAGACCCAGGCCCCCGUCUCCGGCGUCCGCCGCUGCUGCACCCGCCGAAGAAGUGGAUCUUCUUGGCCUCGAUGGGGAGGAGAUCAACCGGCCCGCAUCUCAUCCUCCGUCUGCUGCAGCCGCAACUACUGACCUUCUAGGGGACUUGUUUGGGGGCCCACCACAGCCAACCAGCGGGGCAUCAUCUGCACAGUCCACGCCACAGAAAGUAGCCCCAAACACGGCCUCGCCGUGUCCGUCUCCUGCGCCAACAGCAUUUAAUCCCUUUGGAACGGGUCCCAUUCCUAAGGCUCAGGACAUGAUGAGUUCAUUCCUUGGACAAGGUAAUGUGGGGCAGACAGACCCCUUCCUGCAUGCUGCUCGCUCUCCAUCACCCACCCUGCAGCCCCCCAGCUUGGGCCGGAGUUCCCCCGUCCUGCCCAGCAACCCCACUGUCAACAUUCAGCAGCAGAAUUCAAAGGGAGGAUGGGACUGGAACAGACCUGCCACAACAAGCGCAGGCUUUGGUGUGGGCAGUCGGUCAGCCACUACUAGCCCCACAGGCUCGGUCCACAGCACCCCCACCCACCAAACCAAGCCAAACAACCUGGACCCAUUUGCUGACAUAGGAAAUCUCGGGGGGAGCCUUGGAGCAGGUCCCGGCUUCUGCAGCAAACCCACCACGCCUACUGGAACGGCCCCUUCCAUCCCUCCCAUGGGGUCCCCAUCAAGACCUCCUCCGUCACCCCAGCACGCCGAGGGGCGGCAGCCCAACGCAGGGGCCGGCUUCCCCUCGUGGCAGCCGGGUGCUGGAGGCGGCGGAGGAUGGCAACACCAAGGACAGGGCGCCGCCCCGCAGCCAAAGCCCAGCCCCAGUCACACCCCCAUGCCUCACUCGUCGCCCCAGAACCGACCCAAUUACAAUGUGAGCUUCCCUGCAAUGGGGGGAGGAUCGCCCAGCGCAGGGGCCAAAGCACAGGCUGGCAUGGCAGGUUGUAAGCCCAAAGCCUCGCAGGCCAACUUUGACGACCUGCUGUCUGGUCAGGGCUUCGCAGGGACCAAAGAAAAGAAAGGACCCAGGACUAUAGCAGAGAUGAGGAAGGAGGAGAUGGCCAAAGAGAUGGACCCUGAGAAAAUAAAGAUUCUGGAAUGGAUCGAGGGGAAGGAGCGUAACAUCCGGGCUCUGCUGUCCACAAUGCACACUGUGCUGUGGGAGGGGGAGACGCGCUGGAAGUCUGUGGGCAUGGCCGACCUGGUCACUCCGGAUCAGGUCAAAAAAGUCUACCGCAAAGCAGUCCUGGUGGUCCAUCCAGAUAAGGCGACAGGACAGCCCUAUGAACAAUAUGCCAAGAUGAUUUUCAUGGAACUUAAUGAUGCGUGGUCAGAAUUUGAAAGCCAAGGACAAAAACCCCUCUACUGAAUAAACGGAGGAAGUGAGUCAGCGAAGGAUGAUGUCCCUCCUAAUUCCACCGUUAAAUCCUAAAAAUGUGUCAUCAUUCCCGAUCAACAUGCUACAGCCCUAAAACGUCUGCCUUUAUACCUGCGCUUCGACCCGCACCUCUCGCGUCGUUACACACAAAGAACAUCUGAAAAGACGUCAAAGGACUACAGAACUCCAGCCUUCGGACGGACGGUGUGACCGAGCAAAAGAUCCCUGCAGCUCAAAAGUACCUUCUUACAGUGUGUAUGUGGCGCAGCCCCACCCCCCCCCCCCCCCCCCACCCCCCCACCCCCGGCCCUGAGACCGGGCAAUCAAAGCAGAGUCUCCGGGAUGUCUGGGAAAACAAAAGCAACGCUUGAUUGAGGGGGGGCGGGGGGGCCGAUCGAAAAGAGAGCGAGAGACGACGGACACACGCGAUAAAGAGACAAAUCCAUCAGAGAGUAAACGAUUCCGAGCCCCAGUGUAGUCUGUAAGGCCCAAAUAGGCAUUUAAAAGCAAUCAAGGCAUUUCACCAAAGGCCUACAGGGCUCAACAUUCGAGGUACAAUAGUUGUUUCACUGACAAGCCUGGUCCAAAACACGUUGUAUAAAUUAAUAAUCUAACUCAUUUAGUGCAAAGGGAAUGAACGUAAACUGUCACUAGCACCUUUGCCUGUAACUGAUUUCUGGUUUGCUCCCUUCUCCAUGAGCCUUAUUUAUUUAGCUUCCUGAGGACAAUUGAAAAGAGGCAAAUGAUGUGGCUCUACAAUAAAAAAAAACGCCGGUCCGAGGACCACUACAGUUCCCGUUGCUGACGUAAUAUUCAGAAUAACAAAAAGGUGCUUGUACUGUAGGAGAGUGAUUCAUUAUUAGUUGUGUGUCUAAUGUUAUCAAGCCUGCUGUGUUUCCAUGUCUGAGGGAACUGAGGAUCGAGUACUGUAUUUUAGGGUCAAUUCCACACAUGGAGCAGCUCAGGGCCUCAUGCCCACUCAUUCAUAAAGGAAUACAUGCUCUGUGAAAGCACAAACUUCACUCGGUGCAGCUUUGAACGGAAGCCAUUAUUAUUUAUUAUUUGUCCACAUGUUGCUUGUUUAAUUUGGGUUGUUUUGUGUAUCAAACCUGCUGCAUUUUUGUGGUUUUAAAAGAACGUGUUUGAGACUUUAAGGGCCAUUAUCUUUCACUCAACAACUGAUUGUAAUAUAAUGUCAGAUGACAAUGUCCAUGUGGCUUAGUGUAUCGCACACGACCACAUCUCAAAUUAUUCAUUUUACUCAGAUCCUAUAUCUAUUGGCAGCGAUUGGACGUUUAAAAUGUUUUAUUUUUUUAUGUUCCGAGACAUAUCCAUCACAGCACUGACACUUUUAUUGAUAAUUGAUAAUUAUCAAUAAAUAAUUGAAAUGAUAAUUAUCAUUCUUUUUGUCUGGAUGAGUAAUCCUGGAAUUGAUCUCAUAUCAAGAUUUAGGUACAACACACGUGGUUUGACACGUCGCAGUAUUUUAGAAAUUGACUGCUGACAUUGUCUCCUCCUGUAAAAACAUUUACAAAAAUGUAAUAUAUGAGAUAACCUUUUUGCAGAAACUGCAGUAAUUCUCAGUUUCUUUUUUCGGGGGUUCGAGGACAACAAUGACAUCUUGAAGUUUGACAUCUGUUAAAAAUGUGUUUACAGUAAAUUUACACACGCACAAAUUGAGACAAAUAUUUGCCUUCACAUGUUCAUGAAAUGCUCUUUGUAUUGAUAUCACGCUCUCGCUUUCUGUCUGUUUUGAAGUCCUGGAUUUGAAUCCUUCAUUAUUCCCCAGGGUGCACAUUGGCUUUGUUGAGGAUCUGGACUGCGUACCGAGUAUUUCUGCUUUAAAGAUGCAUCCUUGACUGAAAUGGGUGCUUGAACAAGCCUCUGGGUCUUAGUCAGAAAGGAGGCUACUGGAAGCAUGUGGUAUGUGCUCCUGUGCUCUAGUGACGCUGAGGACCUACAUGUGAAAUGAAAUAACACUCAUAAGCUCCCUCACUGGCUGAAUUCCCUAUCUGCAGUCUAACGGCUAUGUUAAAAAGCUAACCUCUAUAUUGUAUUCAAUGGAUGUGUGUUGGUUGAAGUUACGUAUGGAAGUGAUCAGGUUUGAAAAAAAACAAAACUACUGUAUGUUAAGUGUUUGCCUGUCUGCUGUUCAAGUAUUACUAAACUGUGUAAAAAGGAUGUUCAUGUGUUCCCUUUCAGGUCUGUUUACUGGUACAAGAUGUACAUAAUGAUCAAGUGCAGAGCACAACAAUAAAUAGUAAACAGAAAACUGAA